UAGAGAGUAGUGCUUGCUAUAAUUUGGUGUCUUUGAAAGUAGCAAGUCUUUAGUUUGAAGAGUACUCCGAUCGAGACAUGCAUUGAUUAUAGUAGCGACGCUCACCCGCUUGGUGCUAUCAUUUUAUUUGUUUUGAUUUUUGAAUCAAAACAAACUAAGUUCUAAAACCUUUUGCAAUAUUCCAUGAAAUAAUACAUUUGAAACUGUUCAACUUUGUAUGUACUUAAUAAACGCAUUUAUGCAUGUUGAAAGUAGUAGCUGAGUAGAAAACACAGAGAUAAACACAUGCAAGUCACUGCAAUUGCACUGCCUGAAAUCAACAUCACUAGUUACUACUACUAGGCCUAUAAUGAAUUAAAUAUCAUCAUUGUCACACUAUUAACUUCUUAAAUUCAAUUAAUGUAUGAAAGAUAAAGAAGAGUCAUGUUUUUAAUGCCAUCCUCUUUGUCUUUAUUCACUUUGUUUUCUUUCCCUUUUAAAAGCCCUUCUCUCUCUCUCCUUCUUUCUCUAUCUCACACUCACAAAAGUGUCUCCCUUAUUUUCAGGCACUUACAAAAAAUUAAAAUCAAAAAGCCAUUUUUAAGUCGAAAGACGGUCUCUUCCAACCAGAAGCAACUUAACUCAUGUCUUCUCCUUCUUCCUCGUUACUUCUUGUUUCUCUCCUCUCCCUCUUCCUCAACGCCUCACUCGCAGACAAUGAUCGUUACAACACCACGGCGGUCGUGAUAAUGAACCCAACAACACCACCGCCUCUCCCGCCGCCUUCUCCACUUCAACGGCAUAACGUCACUUCCUCUUUCAUGCCCGGAAUCGCCGUAGUCAUCGCUGUCCUCACCGCCGUCUUCUCCCUCACGUUCUUGAUCCUCCUCUACGUCAAACACUGCAAACGACGCAACGGAUACGUCAACGAUACGCAGCGUUUCGCAACGUCAAGAUACUACGGAGGAGGAGGUUACGGUGGAGGCGGAGUAGGGAGGAAAACCUCCGGUAUAGACCGGUCUGUGAUCGAAUCUUUACCGGUUUUCCGGUUUGGUGCACUGAGCGGUCACAAGGAAGGGCUAGAGUGCGCCGUGUGCUUGGCCCGGUUCGAACCGACGGAAGUCUUGAGGCUAUUGCCGAAAUGCAAACACGCUUUCCACGUAGAGUGCGUUGACACGUGGCUAGACGCGCACUCCACUUGCCCGCUUUGCCGUUACCGGGUCGACCCGGAAGAUAUCCUCUUGAUCAGUGAUUGCAACUCGUGGUUCGAGCUCCGUUUAUCUAAUAACCGUCGAGAAGAAUCUAAUAAUAAUAAUAAUAAUACCGGUUCGACCCGGUUUGAUUUCGUGAGUCGUAUCUCCGGUCGGCAUUCAUCGGCCGGAGAACGCGCGAGUCGACUCAACGAAGUUAGAACGUCUUCUUCGUCAAAAUCGAUUCCCAUUUCGAUUAGGAGGUCGCUCGAUAGCUCUCUGAGGAUCAACGACGGCGAGGAGAAAACGGACUCCGUCGCUGUCGCCGUCGGGUGUUUCGAUCGGAAUCAACAGAGGAAAGACGGAUUGUUGCUUAAUUCGAACCGGGAAAGCUUCGAGGCGAGGUUCGAGCACCGGAUAAUAAUCUCCGGCGGGAAUCGAGAUCAGAGAUGGAGCGAGGUGAGGCCGGCGGAUCUUCUUUACCUGCGAUCGGAGAUGAUACUGAGUGAUUGCCGGAAGCUAGCUGCGGCGGAGGAUGGCAGAGAGGUGAUUGGUGGGAGAAGCGUGUCGGAGUUAACGAGCAUUGAUAGACGGAGGAGAUGGGGAGGAGAGCCGAGACAACGACAAGCCACGGCGGUGAUCUCGAGAUGGCUCGCUUGGUCCCACCGUCCCUCCGCUUCCAGCGCUGUUUAAAAUACUAUAUUUUUUUAGGUCCUUUUAGUUUUGAUUUAUAACAUUUUUGGCCGGAUUAGUUUUGUUUGAUACAGUAACAUUUUGGCCUAAAAUUAAUUUACUCUUUAGCUAUAGAGAAGAGAGGAGGCAAGCCAACAAUGGUUCAGGUAGGGCGAAUUAAAAAAAAUAUCCUGAUUUUUGGUAAGUAUUAUAGAUGCACGAGUGCAAGCAAACACAAAACCUUUUUUUUUGGUAUUCUUAAUUUUGUGGAAAAUUAUAAGGAAAGGGAAAGGUUUGAGUUUUAAAUUAAUGUCUUGGUGUAAUAAAUGGCGAGUAUUGGGGAUCUGAUAGCUAAGUUAAUUUAUUUUGCAUAAGUGUCUCUUGUUGUCUUUUUAUACGUUGGAGAGUUUGAAACUCACAACACUGAAAUGUUUCACAACACUGAAAUGUUAUGUACUUGCAUGACAUUUUAUUAAUGAGUUUAUUACUGUUAA